AUGGAGCCCCUAACCUCCGCCCCAGACACCUCGUCUUUCACCCCGCUCUCGGUGCAUCAAUCGCGCACCCCCGAGUCCUUUCACUCCGGUCCCGCAAUCCUGCACUACCAUGCCUCACGCUGUAGCCUUGUUGCCCUUGAGCGCGAUGUGCUCGCUACACCGGCCUUGAAUGCCCUUUGCGAGACAGGUGCAGGCGCAGGGACAGCGGCGAAUGGAACACAUCUGGAAUCCAGCGAUGCGGAUGCGGACGAGAAGGAGAUUCUGAUCGAGGGAGUCGAUGUUUGGGUUACGUCUGAUAAAUUCCUCCUCUACAACUCCUCAAUCUCAAGCGGCCUCUCAAUUCCGUACCCCUCCAUCUCGCUGCACGCAAUCCAGCGCCUGAAACUCCCCUCCCAACAAGCCGGAUCCGAACACUCUUCCGAAGUCCAGGGACUCUACAUGCACAUCACAAAACCACCUAGCGCCUCAUACCCCCAGGUCUCGGAUGAAGAAGAGAGCCUCGAAGUGACACUCGUCCCACCAACACAACCAACAGCACCUAGCACCGAACCACAAGGCGAAAGCGCACCAGAGCCCGAGGCCGAAACCGAAACCGAGAUUCAAAAACUCUACGCCGCUGUCUCCGCCUGCUCGAACCUGCACCCGGACCCCGCCGAGGAGGAAGAUGAAGAAGGCGGCGCAUUUGCCUCGGGGCUGGUCUUCCCCGGGAGCGCUGAAGACGGUGGGCUACCGCCUCCUGUUGAUGGGAGCUCGGGGUGGAUUACGGCGGAUAAUAUGCAUGAGUUCUUUGACGAGGAGGGAAAUUGGAUAGGAGGUGGGGACGCCCCAACGUUGCCGGGGUUGGGGCCUGGGGCGGGAACUGUUCGGGGACGAGAAGAGGGGGCUGAUGAAGGGGAGGGUGAUGGAGAGGGCGCAGAUGAUGGUGAUGAAACAAAGUGGAGGAGGACUGACUAA